AUGGUACGAUUCCUCCAGUUUGAGUACCCGGCCCAACUUUAUCAUACAGAGGUACUUCGCCAUGCAGAUAAUUUCCAAGAAUACAAGCAUGAGGUGUUAUCCACACUCAUCAAUUCUAUCAACUUGAACAGACCGAACUUGGAGUUAUACCUGCAACAACCAUACUUGACAUUUGCAAUCAGAAAUAAACUCAUAGACUUUUUGUUGAAAAUGUCCAUCAGGCUCAAGAUUUUACCAUUCGUGUUCUUUCGCGCAGUUAAGAUCUUUGAUAGAUACUGCCUGAAGAGAGUAGUACUCCUCGAUCAGCUGCAAUUGAUCAUCACAACUUGCUUGUGGAUAGCUGCCAAGGUCCAAGGUGGUAACAACCAUUUUGUUAAUUUAUCCAAUGUUGGAAAGUUAACUGACAUUAAAACCAUAACGGAUUUAGGAUAUGGCCUGGGAGGAAGAUUCUUAGGACCCACUGAAAGAUUCAGACUUCCUAAGUUACACGAAUUGGUCAAGUUAUGUGGUGCUAAGUGCAAGUACGACCAAGGCAUGUUCAAACAAAUGGAAUUGCAUGUCUUACUGACAUUGGAAUGGAGUUUAAACGACCCAUCAGUUGAAGAGUUUUUAAUGCGCCUGGUGGAAUUUAAUAUUGUGAAUUCAGAAAAUGGUGAAGGUGCAGAAAUCGUUCGUGAGAUUAUCAAGACUAAAGAAUAUUUAUCUUAUGUCUCGUUAUAUUCCAAUGAAUUAAUUGACGUAGAUGUAAUUGACUUGAGUAAAGCCAUCUGCCAAUUGACCAACGAAAUGUUGAACUUGACUGAAAACGGUGGCUAUUACCAAAGAAUUAAUUACGUUAAUGAAGCUAGCAAGGACGACGACUUUUUCUACGAAACUUCACCAUUAGGAGGUAGUAACAAUGUAACUGCACUCCCAAUAAAACAUUCCACAUCUAAAUUAACCACUUCAGCUAUUAGGCAGAAUUUAAUAAAGGCCAUUAUGAAUUCCUCCGAAUUCAUUUUGAAGCUUUUCGAGUCGGCAGGUCCACAACAAGUAUUCAAUGCGGUUAUGUAUAAGCAUUCCAACAACAACAAUAAUAGGCCAAUUGCCCUUUGCAACACAACUAACGUUGGAGAAUAUUUACAACAUCCAAGACACCAGUUCAACAACAAUGUAUCGCCAAGUUCACCAUUGAGAUACCUGUCGUCUUCACUGCCAUUAAGAUCAUACCACUCUCCACAAUCGCUCCAGUCAAACACCUCCGGAGCCACUACGCCAAGUGGUAACAGCACAUUUUCACUCACUCAACCUCCUAUCCGCAAGAGGCCUAUUACUUCCAUUACACUGUCUACUUCAUCAUCAUCAACAAUAUCCAUUGCUACACUUUCUUCACUUCUGACUGUAUCAACAGGAGGGACCACUGCAUCUUCAAUCAACACAACAAAUUCUUACAAGAAGUCAGCUAAUCAUCAACACCAACUGAUCCCUCCUCCACAUCAACUCCCUUCCAACUUCAAUGCGUUUCCAACAAUAAACGAAGCAAUAUAUGAACCAGUUGUAUUACCUCUGGUUCUUCUCAAAUCAAACGCUGGAAGUGGAAUAGCUGGUUCUUCUGUCAGAGGAGUUUCUGGGAACAAUGAUGAUUUCCCAGAUCUUACUCCUCAGAACUCAAAAUUUCCCAUGGUUAACCAUCAUAUAGUUAAUCACGCACAUAACAACAGCCAGGCAAGCUUACAUUCUCAAUGUUCUUCUAGAAAUGACCAUGGUUCAAUUUUUGAAUAUGAAUCUACAAAUGCAAACCCCUGCCAUGUGGGGACUCCUUUGAGCGAGGACGAUUCUCCACUGCAUCCCAUGAUUAGAAUUAAAUAA